CCGACUGUUCUCUCCCUAUUUAUUUUCCUUCUCUCUCUCACUUGUAUCAUUCAAAAAUGAUCACCGGCGCAGAUAAUACUGAAUCCGGCGGGUGUUUCAGGGGAGUACUCCGGAGACUUUUAUGUUCCGGGAGCCUGCAAACACACCCCUCAGAUCAAAUUACAGAGACGGAGAUUCCACACACAGAUAAAGAAGCAAACAACAAUGGGAGCCAAACUGAAACUCCUUCUUCUUCUGGUUCUGCUCCAAGCAUUGUGGCAAGGCUAAUGGGCUUGGAUUCAUUGCCGGAGACCAACUGGGUUCCAAACUUAAAGAAGCCACCUGAAUCGGUUCCACGAAGCAGGUCUGUUAAUUUCAUGGAUUAUUUGAUGGAGUUUGAUCUCACAGAUUUGCAGCAUCGCCGAGUGAAAACGUCUGUUUCAUUUCGGGAGGUUUCUCGUCCUCUACUGCAUGAAAAUAAGCAUGAUAAUUUCCUUUUGGUGUACUUAGAUAAAAUGGAUGGAGGCCAGGAAAUAGGAUCUGGACUCAGGAAAUCCGAGUUGGGUUUUCAACAACUCAAGCUCCAGCAGAGAGUUGACAAGAACAAGAACAAGGAGAUCAACAAGAAAGAUCAGAAAGCAGUUUUUAAUAACAAGAAAAAUCAAAGGACCGACAUUGCAAAAGUUUCGACAAAGUUUAAAGAUGAGCCGAGAAGAGUUCGUAGUAAGAAUGAUCCAAAGGUUGGUAAAACUCGAGCUUCAACUUUUGUUUCGAAACGAAAGAAAGAUGUUUAUAGAAAAUCUGGUGCAAAUUCAAUGGCAAAAAGGCCCGAAGUGAAGCCUGUGAAUCAUAAGGAAGAAUUAGUUGAACGUAGAUUCACCAAGAGAAGAAUUAGAAAGCAGCUCAAGUUUAUGGAAGUAGAUCAGUCCGAAGAGUGUGAUUCAGAGAAUUCAAGCCCAGUUUCAGUUCUCGAUCAUGACGAGUUUUUGAUCCAUGAAAAAACUUCUUUACCAGAGAAUUCAGAGUCCAUGUUUUGGAAUUCCAUUAAGAAAUCUGGGCAAAUUAUUACAGACUACGGAUACCCAUCUUCUCAUGUAAUCAAUGAAGUUUUUAGCACUGAUGAUCUUGAAGUAGAAACGACCAAGAAAAAAGAUGAGCAACUGUUGAUGGAUCAUAACCAGGAGACAGAUUACAGAGUGUUGGUAAGCAUGCUUUUCAGGUUGACGGAGAAAGACAUAAAGGAGUCAACUUGGAUAGAGACAAAGGAUUUCAAACGUGAAGAGAUGUGCAUGGAAUUUGGCCAAGAAAUCCUCGAUAGAAUUUUACAGCAGCUGGUAGAUGAACUUGUAGGAUUUGACAUGUAAAUUCUUGCUUGUAAUGCUUGAGUAAACUCUAUUAAAAUGUGAAUAUUAUUUUAUUUUUCUU